AUGCAGGCUACUCCGUACUCGCAAAUGCCGAGGGGGCACCAGUGGAUUCUGCGCGCUCCCUGUUUGAUAUCAACUUCUGGGGGCGCCGUGAAUGUCAGCCUGGAGGCCGUAUGCGUCUUCCGCGAGAUCAACAGCCCGCCUGGCGGUCUGCCCCUGCAAAACAGUUGCAUGGCGGUCUUCAAGGGAAUCCCGCUCCUGUCGUACUAUGGUGUGGUGCUCGCACGUUGA